AUGGGAUCAAAGACAAAAAGGAAGCAGAAUCCAUUCUUCUGCAAUCUACUUUUGCAGCUUCUGCUCUUACAAACUUGUUCAAACUUUGCUAAGGCUGGUUCUAUAGUUCAGUUUCUCCCAGGAUUUGAAGGCCAUCUGCCUUUUGAGCUAGAGACUGGGUAUAUUGGGGUUGAUGAAUCAGAGGAUGUGCAGCUUUUCUACUACUUUAUCAAAUCAGAAUCCAAUCCGGAAACGGACCCGCUCUUGCUCUGGUUAACUGGAGGCCCUGGUUGCAGUUCAUUUUCUGGGCUGGCUUAUGAGAUUGGGCCAAUAGUGUUUGAACAAUUCCUCUAUGAUGGGACUUUGCCCAAGUUGAUACUGAAUCCAUAUUCUUGGACAAAGGUUGCGAGCAUUAUCUUUGUGGAUCAACCUUCAGGAACUGGAUUUUCUUAUGCCAGGACCGCCAAAGCUUCUCAUUCUUCCGAUCUACAAGUCAGUGAUCAACUGUAUGAAUUCCUCGGGAAGUGGUUCAUUGAUCACCGCGAAUUCAUUUCAAAUCCAGUCUAUGUUGGUGGAGACUCUUACGCAGGCGUUAUAGUUCCAGUAGUUUCUCAACUUAUAUUAAAUGGAAAUGAGGUUGGAAUCGAACGAAAGAUUGAUUUCAAGUUAAUUAGUAUGACUCGCAAAGCACAUAUCCUGGAGCCCUAUUGCGGUCUAGAUUUUCCAGAGGACCCAAAUGGAAAAUAUGGCGAAAGAAGAUCUCUUACAGAACUGUUUAGCACUCAGAAAAUGGAAGGGCGUAUUCCUAUAACAUGUCGGACGGAUGAAAUGUGGCUAUCUUAUUACUGGUCUAAUGAUGAGAGUGUCCGCGAGGCGCUCCAAAUACGCAAGGGUACCAUUGGUGAGUGGAUACGAUGUAACUCCAACAUUUCUUACACAGAAAAUUUGGUGAAUGCUGUACCAUACCAUGCUAACAUAAGUCGUAAAGGCUACCCAUCUCUUAUAUACAGCGGAGACCAUGAUUUGCUUAUACCUCAUUUCGCGACUGAAGCGUGGAUAAAAUCUCUAAAUUACCAAAUUGUCAAUGAUUGGAGGCAAUGGAUUGUUGGCGGUCAAGUUGCCGGUUACACAAGAACUUAUGCUAAUAAGAUGACUUUUGCUACAGUAAAGGGAGGGGGUCAUACUGCUCCACAGUACAAGCCUGAACAAUGUCAAGCAAUGUUCAAAAGAUGGAUAUCUAAUCAACCUCUAUAA